AUGAGUGAGGAACUAAAUGACCAUGAAGGGGCUAGUGAUUCUGGUGGUGAGAGGGUUUGGCAUAUCUGGCCGAGGGACUGUGCUAGAGAGGACCGUCUUUACACCGCGGUAGAUGGAAAGCAAGAUUCCAACUUCCUUUCCGACAUUUCUCAAGACCGACUCUUCUGUGAUGCGGCGGAAAACCUUGUAACGGCAAAUGUAUACACUUCGGCCGGCUGGGGUCGAAUGUCUUCAUCAGAAGAGGAAAUCGAAAACGUGCGAGGGAAAAAGUCUUUGGUUAUACAAUCCCUUGAUGAUUUGGAAACACAUCUCGAUGCGCUUCAGCUGGACACACCUGCUCAAACAAUAUCUUACUUUAUCGACCCGGAGUAUUCUUGGGGGAGGUUACAAGUUUCCGAAGAGGUAGCCAGAAGGCUAUUUUCGUCUUUGCCAGUUCACCAGCAAUUUAUUUCGGUUAUAUCGACAUUCGGGGAGAAGAUUAGCCCCGUAGAACAGAGCUACUUGACAUAUUUCGAUCGAAUCCAAAUCCUGAACCCGUUCAGAACCUUUAGGAACACGGAUUCUACGAUAUUUACUCAAACAUGUGGAUACGAUCUCGGAUAUUUAUACAAGUAUGUUGAUUUGCAUGGGAGGGAGCGGCCAAAGGAUCCAUUCGCCAUUAGGCAGACAGGAGUAUAUCAUAAAUAUGACCCUCAAGCUAAAAGAUCAGUUUGGAUAUUCAUUCAACCUUCGGAAAGCCUAAAGGAACGGCUCGAUUCUCUUUUCUCUCGAUACAAGGAUAAUCCUAUCGACCUAGCACUCCAAAUCGAGAUCCAUUUUCUGGUCCUUACCCACGCAGCAAAAAACUGGCGGCCGUAUAUAAAGUAUUUGGAAGAUACUUUUAGUAGAAUACAAGAUAAGACCGAAAAAGGAUUUUAUUCGAACCUAGACCUAGAAACCGAUUCCUCGAGCCCUAAAAUCAACUUUGGUGAUGUUCGAGAAAUUCACUUUUUCAUGGACAAUCUUCGGACGAUAUUACAACUUAUUCAGAUGGAUUACCAGAUUGCCAAGAAAGUACAGCAGCUUCUAAGACGGCUCCGCAAUCGAUGGAUCCAGGAAACAGCUUUAAAUAUUCUCACACCGCGGCUGGAAGAUGUUUGUGACCGAUUUGAGCAGCACCUUUACGAUCUUUCCGGCCACGAAUCAAGACUGAAUAUGCUUUUAAUGAGAGCAAACGAUAUAUCUAGACUAAUACAGCAAAUAAUCGAUUACAGGACUGGGCAAUUUAGCCAAGCAACAAAUAACAAGCUUAAUAGCCUAGUUUCGAACGCUGUUGGUCAAGGGGAAUCUAUUCAUUCAUUAGCUAGAAAGGGAGCAAAGGAUACCAAGAUGAUGAAACUUUUCACAAUAUUCACUGUGAUAUUUUUACCGGGAACAUUCAUUGCGGUAUGA